CCUUCACGGUGGAUUAUCCCAAACCCCCUGGGGGCGGAAAGCGGGGAUGCCCCCCCAGCCGCGACUCCACAAAGAAAACCUCAGACGAGGGUGAAGACUGCGCCAGCUCUUGGGCCGUGCGGUCUCCCAAUUGCGUGGCCUUCGUGACAUGCUCCGGGAACUACGGGGAGAAAUCGCAGGGCAAGGUUAUGAGCUUAAACCAACCACCGGCCAAUUCCAGCGCCUCCUGCUCCGAGCGCUCGGGGUCCCCCCCUCCAAAGCGCUCCCCGGGCAAGCUGCAGUGUGUGGACCUGCGAGAGCCCGAGAGCCAGAAGCGCGAACACGGCUCUAAAAAGAGGAGAGUUAGAGAGGGCACCCCUAACAACGCGGUUCACGCUCUGUGGCUGGGAACAUCUUCCACCAUGGCCACCUCAGCGAGUUCCCACUUGAACAAAGGCAUCAAGCAGGUGUACAUGGCCCUGCCUCAGGGCGACAAGGUCCAGGCCAUGUAUAUCUGGAUUGACGGUACUGGAGAAGGACUGCGCUGCAAGACCCGCACCCUGGACAGUGAGCCCAAGUGUGUAGAAGAGUUGCCUGAGUGGAAUUUUGAUGGCUCUAGCACUUUCCAGUCAGAAGGCUCCAACAGUGACAUGUACCUCAUCCCUGUUGCCAUGUUUCGGGACCCCUUCCGCAAAGACCCCAACAAACUGGUGUUCUGUGAAGUUUUCAAGUAUAACCGGAAGCCUGCAGAGACCAAUUUAAGACACACCUGUAGACGGAUAAUGGACAUGGUAUGCAACCAGCACCCCUGGUUUGGAAUGGAGCAGGAAUAUACUCUGAUGGGGACUGAUGGCCACCCCUUCGGUUGGCCUUCCAACGGCUUUCCUGGGCCCCAAGGUCCAUAUUACUGUGGUGUGGGAGCAGACAAGGCCUAUGGCAGGGAUAUUGUGGAGGCUCAUUAUCGGGCCUGUUUGUACGCCGGAGUCAAGAUUACGGGGACGAACGCUGAAGUCAUGCCUGCCCAGUGGGAAUUCCAAAUAGGACCCUGUGAAGGAAUUUGCAUGGGAGACCAUCUCUGGGUGGCCCGUUUCAUCUUGCAUCGCGUAUGUGAAGACUUCGGAGUGAUAGCAACCUUUGAUCCUAAGCCCAUUCCUGGGAACUGGAAUGGUGCAGGCUGUCACACCAACUUCAGCACAAAGGCCAUGCGGGAGGAGAACGGUCUGAAGUACAUUGAAGAGGCCAUCGAGAAGCUAAGCAAGCGGCACCAGUACCACAUCCGUGCCUAUGAUCCCAAGGGGGGCCUGGACAAUGCCCGGCGCCUAACUGGAUUCCACGAAACCUCCAACAUCAACGACUUUUCUGCUGGUGUAGCCAACCGUAGCGCCAGCAUCCGCAUUCCCCGGACUGUUGGCCAGGAGAAGAAGGGUUACUUUGAAGACCGUCGCCCUUCUGCCAACUGUGACCCCUUUGCGGUGACAGAAGCCCUCAUCCGCACCUGUCUUCUCAACGAGACUGGCGAUGAGCCCUUCCAGUACAAAAACUAAGUGGACUAGACUUGCAACCACUGAGCCCUUGCUAGUUCUCCGCCCUCCAGCUCCUCCCCGUCUCCCAGCUGUCCUCCUUGUCCCGUGUAACUCAAAGGCUGUAAUAUCAAGGUCUUUUUUUCUUCCGUAUGCUCAGUUAAUCUUGCUUUCUUUGGCUAGGAUAAGAGGGGUCAGGUUCUUAAUCUUUUCGCACCCACGCACCCCCUCUGUCCCUAUCACGGAAACUUUCUAAUGCAUUAGUGGGGACACGGGUAGGGAAACUAACCACUGCUUUCCCCGAGUGUGCUGGUCCAGUAGGUGAGCUCUCCGGACGGAGCAGAUGUGUUCGUGAAGGUGCAGGGGAGGAAGAUUUUUUUCCCUCAGGAUAGCUGACAAGGGAGAGACCUGACGGGUUAAGUGAGGACCUCUCUCGGUGGGAUUCUGUUUUCUAAGGUGUAAAUGGAAAUUAGUGGAGGAUUGGCUGGGAUUAAGGAGGGACGCCCUUCCUUGGUCUCUUGCUGCCGUGCUCCCCUGCUUGGGGCUCCAAGCCCUCAGAACACAAAGCUGAGUGAACUGAUGGAUAUCCCUACUUUGGAAAAAACAGUUCUUACCACUUGGUCCUCCAUUUAUAACACAAAACAGAGUAGUAUUUUUAUAUUUAAAUGUAAAAACAAAAAAAUUAUAUAUGGGUAUGUAGAUACGUGUGUUUUGUUUUUUUUCUAAAAGGAGGAAAUCAACCUGGUUACCGGGUACCAAAUUGGAUUUAGGAAUAAGGAUCUCCUUUCCGGUAGGGGUGGUCAGUGUGGCCCUUAGUCCUUCAUUAUCAAGUAAGAGUGUCUCCGCCCUGCCCACCUUUCUGUAGGAGGAGGACACUGGACAGUUGGCAGGUGGGUGUGCAGUCCUAGCUGUCCCCUGAGCCUUGUGGCUGGGUUUAAAGACACGUAGCUGUCCACAUCUGGGUUUGGAAGUGUGAGUUGGCUGGUCAACUUGAGCACAUCGUGGGUACCGAAUUUCCUUUCCGGUGGGGCUAGCAUGUCACUAAAACAGGACUUUUGAUAUAUUAAAUUUUUUAAAAGCAAGACAAGUUUAGAUUUUAAUCAAGUUUUUAGGAUUUUUAAGUGUGAUUUUACAGAAUUGCCUGUUUCCUUCAGCUGUCUCCUUGGGGACAGGGCUAGAGUUAAAACACUUGUAAUUUUGUAUCUUCAUGUCUGUCUUCCCGGUGCAGAAUAUCCCUCUGUUUCCUAAGGAGUUUCUUUUAUAAUAAACCCCACCUCCAUUCCUACAUUGUCCUUCCUGUUAUCUCGUUUUUGUGCUGGGUGCAGCAGGCCAGCUGUGGUUUUCUCUUGCCAUGGUGACUUCUAAUUGUUAUGUACAGUAUGUUCAAAGUUAAAUAACUCCUCGCUGUAAACAAACUGUAACUGCCCAGAGCAGUGCUCAUAAAUCAGCCUAACAUUUAUAAGAUCUUU